UGCAGCUUAUGAUGCCAUUCUUGAAAGAAAUGUUGCAAUCAAGAAGCUAAGCCGGCCAUUUCAGAAUCAAACUCAUGCUAAGCGUGCUUACAGAGAGCUAGUUCUUAUGAAAUGUGUAAAUCACAAAAAUAAUUCAGCUACCAUGUAUAUAUAAAUAAACUUAUUUUAUUAACCAGAAAAAAAAAAAGGCCUAGAGAUAAAGAUUACAGUCAGUCAGUGAUCGGGAAGAAGUUGCGUCAGCCAUUCUUGUUCUAGAUGGGAGCCAAGUAUGUUGCUUGUCAAGAUUUUGCUGGUGGCCUCCUGCCCUGGAAUAGAGCUGCUCGUACCCCUUGGAGCCUGUUUCGUGGCAAUGUCGUGGUGGCAUUACCUUGGUUUUGCAUUGGGGAGAGACGGCCAGUGACACCUACCUCCUGAGCCUGGGUGACUGCAAAGAAAGAUGGUUCUGUCAACUAAAUGGAGGGCAUGGAAAGCUUGUUUCACAUGAGUAACCCUUUAGUGGAGGUGGCACAGAUUCAUCCAGAUAAUUGGCCUUUUGAAUGUUUUUACACCACAGAAAUCCCUAGAAGAAUUUCAAGAUGUUUACAUAGUCAUGGAGCUCAUGGAUGCAAAUCUUUGUCAAGUGAUUCAGAUGGAACUAGAUCAUGAAAGAAUGUCCUACCUUCUCUAUCAGAUGCUGUGUGGAAUCAAACACCUUCACUCUGCUGGAAUUAUUCAUCGGGACUUAAAGCCCAGUAAUAUAGUAGUAAAAUCAGACUGCACUUUGAAGAUUCUUGACUUUGGACUGGCCAGGACUGCAGGAACUAGUUUUAUGAUGACACCUUACGUAGUGACUCGCUACUACAGAGCACCUGAGGUCAUCCUAGGGAUGGGCUACAAAGAAAACGUUGACAUUUGGUCAGUUGGGUGCAUCAUGGGAGAAAUGAUCAAAGGUGGUGUUUUGUUCCCAGGUACUGAUCAUAUUGAUCAGUGGAAUAAAGUUAUUGAACAGCUUGGAACACCAUGUCCUGAAUUCAUGAAGAAACUACAACCAACAGUAAGGACUUAUGUUGAAAACAGACCUAAAUAUGCUGGAUAUAGCUUUGAGAAACUCUUCCCUGAUGUACUUUUCCCAGCUGACUCGGAACACAAUAAACUUAAAGCCAGUCAGGCAAGGGAUUUGUUAUCUAAAAUGCUGGUAAUUGAUGCAUCUAAAAGGAUUUCUGUAGAUGAAGCUCUCCAGCACCCGUAUAUCAACGUCUGGUAUGAUCCUUCUGAAGCAGAAGCUCCACCACCAAAGAUACCUGACAAGCAGUUAGAUGAAAGGGAACACACAAUAGAAGAGUGGAAAGAAUUGAUAUACAAAGAAGUUAUGGACUUGGAGGAGAGAACCAAGAAUGGAGUUAUACGGGGGCAACCCUCUCCUUUAGGUGCAGCAGUGAUCAAUGGCUCUCAGCAUCCAUCGUCAUCAUCGUCUGUCAAUGAUGUGUCUUCAAUGUCAACAGAUCCGACUUUGGCCUCGGAUACAGACAGCAGUCUAGAAGCAUCAGCUGGACCUCUGGGCUGCUGUAGAUGACUACUUGGGCCUUGUGGGGGUGGGAGGGAUGGGGAGUUGUUUAGUCAUUGAUAGAACUACUUUGAAAACAAUUCAGUGGUCUUAUUUUUGAGUGAUUUUUCAAAAACAUAGAAUUCAUUUUGUAGUAAAGUAGUUUUUUUCUUAAUUUCAAGUGAUGUAAUUUAAAACUUAAGUUGUGUUUUAAAACAGCAACAAAACUGUAUUUUUGCUGUAAUUAACUGUAUAAUGUAAACCUAAUUAUUUUAUCAUGGUUUAAAAUUUUUGCAUAUUUGCUUUAUCUUAUGCUGCUGAUUUUUUUUUUUUUACUGAAUUUGUAAGAUUUUGUUUAUCAAAGCAACUAUUAUGUGGUGACUUGCCUAUAUCAUGAAUUAUUUAAGAUUUUUAUAGUUUUUUUUAUUAGAAUUUAUUCAGAUGUUUUGUUCAUGAUGCUAUCCUUUAGGGUUAUGUGCUUAUCAAUGAAAUAACCCCAGAGGAGUGAGGGAAAAUAACCUGUAGCCAGUUAUAUUCAGGAAUAACUACUGUAAAUGAUGAACGUGUUAAAAAAAAAACCUCCAAUAUUUGCUACUUGCCAAUUCUAAUUUAGUUACAACAAUUGGUAGGUAAUCCUACAUGAAUUUUGGCAAAAGCCCCAUCAUCUAAAUGGUAGAAUAACUCAGAGCAUGUCUUUGAAGAUGUUGGGCAUCUACCACCACCCUCCUAUCCCCCAUCCUACCCACCAAAAGUAAGAGAAUAUGGUGUUUUCUGCAAAUUUGUGGCAUGCUCAAAGCUUAUGAUCACGUAAAGUCAAGAGGCUACUUCAUGAAUAAUACAUUUCAAUGGAAAUAAACAGAUGGUUCACCUUUACUAGCUAUGAGCCUGUUUUUAUAUACACUGAGUUAAUCUACUCAGGCUGUAGGUCCCAGCAAUGAUUUAGAGUCUGGUCUUUCUCUUUCCUGCAGCCUCGGGCCCUUGGACCUAUUUGGUUUCUAGAGUGUCAGUCAGUUGAGCACCAGUUCUCAGGGUGUUUCUGGCCAUUUGAUUCUACCUGUGGCAUAAUCAUAUUUAUACUAGCUGUUGGGAGGUUCCAAAGCCUACUUAGAUUUCUGUAGGUGAUGUAUAAAAUGAGCAAUAUACCGUUCAUCUGAAAAUAGUAGCACACAGCCAUAUAUAGGAUAUCAUUUUCUAAGGACUGUUUCUUCACAUUGAGUAGAGCAGGCAUAAUUGGUGGUUAUUUAGUCUGAGUCUUUAAUUUUUUUAUACCUGAUUUUCAAUAAAACACACAAUGUGGAUGUUGAACAGUGUAAGAAUGGUGCUGCUCCUGACAGUUGUAUGUUAACUGUUUACAUUUUAUAUCUGCAGAAUUAUUUCUCUAUAACUGAAUUUUUCUUAAGUAAAAUGUCAUUGAAGUCUCA